AUAUCUCAUGAACCUGACAGUUUAAUCUUGCCACCAUCUUUUCUUAUCUCUUCUGUUCUCUCUCUCUCUCUUGCUUGCAGUGUUCCUCCUCACUCCAACCUUGCUUGCCUCUGAACUGAUACCAUGCAUUCCUUAACAUGCACCCCAGUUUCAUCUCCUUCUCACACCCUUCUAAAGCCAAACAACAACAACCCUUUAUUGGGUUCAACUUGGAGGCCUUGUCCACCUUUGAAAAGAAGAGCCUGCUUCACUACCAGAGCUCUAUUGUCAUCCACCAAAGAAACUGUUUUGAAGGAUUUCCAGGAACGAAGAGCUCUCAAGAUUAUCUCAGGCUUGCAUAAUUUUGAUAAAGACAAUGUUGCCUCUGUUGUCACUGCUGCAGACAAGGGGGGAGCGACUCACGUGGAUAUAGCAUGUGACCCGGAGUUGGUCAAGCUAGCUAUCAGUUUAACUUCUUGUCCGGUUUGUGUUUCUUCUGUAGAUCCUGCAACAUUCCCAGCUGCAGUUGAAGCAGGAGCACUAAUGGUUGAGAUUGGAAACUACGAUUCAUUCUAUGAGAAGGGAGUAGUUUUUACUCCAGAGCAGAUUCUAAUACUAACAAAGGAAACAAGGAGGCUACUUCCUUCUAUCGCCUUGUCUGUUACAGUUCCUCACACACUAAGCCUCCCUGAUCAGGUCAAGCUCGCAGAGUUACUGGAACAAGAAGGCGUGGAUAUUAUUCAAACCGAGGGAGGAAAAUGUUCCAAUCCUACAAAGUCUGGUAUACUGGGUUUGAUUGAGAAGGCAACACCAACUUUAGCAGCAGCAUAUUCUAUAUCGCGAGCUGUUAAGAUACCUGUCAUGUGCUCAUCUGGGCUAAGUGCUGUCACAGCACCUAUGGCUAUCACUGCUGGAGCUGCUGGAGUGGGUGUGGGCUCUGCUGUUAAUAGACUAAAUGAUGUGGUUGCCAUGAUUGCUGAGGUCAGAAGCAUUGCUAAUUCAUUGAAGACACCCUUUCAGAUAUGCCCUGCAACACAUGAAGUGGAAAUUAACAGACAGUAGUAUGAAGGUGGUGUAGGUAGUGAAUAAAAUUUGUGAAGAACAUUUGGAUCCUUCCUUAAGCAUGACAACUUCUAGGAUCCACCUUUCUUCUUCCUUUCUAUUGUAGAAUUUAUUCUAAUCUGAAAAGAGAGUGUCUAUUUGGAAACUUGUUGCACCAGACAUUUGUUACUAAACAUCACUCUCAUAUUGAGUUUUUUUAGAAUCUCAUAAAUUCAGGAUAUUUUC